AUGUCAACUUUUACCACUCCUUACGGCGCGAAAGAACACCCGGAAUCAAUCUGGACGGCCCUUCAAGAUUUAUGCUACCAGUACCUCCCCCCAACGCUCGCCCAUCAGCUCGCUCGGUUUCCAGUUCUGACAACCCUCUCAAUCAUUGUUCUUGCUUAUGCAUGCUGUUCUACUUGUCUCAAAGUCCAGAGGACGGCAUCGCUGCCAUUCAGGUUAAUCAGUAGGGCAUACGGCCUCUAUGAGCUCAUCAUAAACACAUUGCCAUUCAGUCCAAUAGGUUUCUCAACUUUUUCAUCAAAACCACUCUCAAGAAACCAGGAUCUCAUCCACAGGAAUCCAAAUUACCCCCUAUCCAGCCGCGCUUCCCCCUCAAUCAUCAGACAGCCCAGCCACCUUAAUCCUGACCCUCUGGCCCAACAUUUCAAAGUUUACUAUCCUGGCUUAAUCAACUCGUCAUCAAACUCAUGCUUCAUCAAUGCCGUCUUGCAAUCUCUAGCUUCCAUGCCCCACAUCAUCCGCUAUCUCGACCUGAUUCAAUCCUAUGAUCUCCCGUCUACACCUGUUGCGAACGCACUGGGAGAAAUGCUACUCGCUCUGAAUACCCCGCGGGAUCAUCCGGUUGUCCUCAAGACCUUUCCGGUUGCGCAGGCGCUACUCGAUAACCCUAGUGCUCGGCGAUCAAUGCUAUUCAAUUCAGAACAGCAAGAUGCUCAAGAAUUUCUCGUGACGAUGAUUGAUGCACUCGAGGCAGAAGCGAAACUGUUGGCAGAUCAAUUGCUCCUCGAAUACCAAUCCACACAAUCCAGUGAACUCGAGAGGGAUCAGUUUUGGAUCCAAGCGCUUGAAAUCUGCAGAAGCCCGUUCAGGGCUCUCAUGGCCCAUCGAAUCGCUUGCGGAACUUGUGGCUUCACGUCUGUUAUCCGACAUUCUUUUGCCGAUCAUUUCUCUCUAAACGUCCCCCCAAAGACAACAUGCCGGCUCGAAUCAUGUCUUCAAGAAUACACCAAACUGGAAGUGCUUGAUGACUACAUCUGUCGAAAGUGUUCUCUGAAGAAGACUUGCGAAAAGUUGAACUCUCAACUCGGAGAAAUCCAACGAGCGGCCAAAGUGACCAAUAACAAAAAGAAGCAACUCCAGUUGAUCAAAAAAAAGCUAGCAACGUUGAAGUCGGCCAUUGAUGAGGAUCCCGAGCGAGAAUUAACGCCUCAGAUCACAGUUGAAAGGGUAGCUAGCUUGACUACCACGAAACAGACGAUGUUCGCCCGACCCCCAGAUUCCCUCACAUUCCAUAUAUCAAGAUCAACCGCCUAUGCCCGAGGAGUGUCCUUCAAGAAUCAUUGCCAAGUGACAUACCCUGAACAUCUGAUACUGGACCCUUAUUGCACAACAUUCGAGUUGUCUGGCGACGCGACCCAGCCGAUCUCGAGCUAUCGACGAUCGAGUGACUAUCGAUAUCGGCUCUUCUCGGUUGUUGUCCAUUUCGGCUCCCAUUCAUUUGGGCACUACAUCACCUACCGAAGGUCUCCCCUGUCUUCGUGUCCACCCCCGAGUGCAACCCCUAUGGAUGGCCCCGCGCUCGAAAAAGAGGCCCAUGUGGAUGGGGGGCAGGCGGAUGGCCCAAGCGCCGACAGACACACUUGGUAUCGGAUCUCGGAUGAGAACGUGCAGCUCUCUUCGAUCGAAGACGCCAUGAGAUCCAAUCCAUUCUUGUUGAUGUACGAACGGGUCUACGAGCCCGAUCAAGAGCAAGCUCGGCAUUCACCAGCCGAUCAAACGAACGUCCGCCAUCCCACCCUCCGCUCCUCUAUUCAUCAUCAACCCUCCGAGCGUCCUCAGAAUUCACCUCUUAAACCCAUCGCUAGAGAGCUCUCUUGGUUUCAAAUACCAAAAUAA